CGCACACCCCUCCCCCUCCUCCUGGAAGUGGUACGCUCCGCAUGGCUGCCAUGUUGGAUGGACGCAUCCCUGCUGCAGCUGCAGGAGUUUCCGAAUGAAAGUUGAGCUUUUCCUCCGCGCACGGACACGCCGCGGGGCCGCGCGUUGUUGUUAUUUACCUGCCCGACGGAGAACACCUUCAAGUCGCUUCCCCCGAAAUCUAAAGGAGCGAGCCCGGGAAACGGGAGGGGGCGAACCGGGGGGAGCCACCGGGACUCCGCGGACAUGAUCCGGCUGCAGGCCACAGCGACCGGAGCCCGCAUGGAGACGGUCUAAAUCGGUGCGGUGUUUUGCGGAGUCCUUCCCGGGAUAACUGCGGGGGCGGGGAGGGGGGGGAGGGGGGGGCGGUGCGUUAACGACAAGAAACCCGGAGCCAUGAACCACCACCCGCUGCCCCGCAGGGCGACCAACGUGGGCUCCAUCCUCCUGACCCCGCAGGAGAACGAGUGCCUGUUCGGGUACCUCGGCAGGAAAUGCGCCACCCUGUGCUCCGCCGUGGUCCAGCUCUACGGCUCCUCCAGCUCCUCCUGGGUGAAGCGCUGCUGUGGCGUUGCGUGUUUGGUGAAGGACAACAUGCAGAGGUCCUACUUCAUCAGGGUGCUGGACAUCAAGGAGGGGCGGAGCUUGUUCGAGCAGGAGCUCUACCUCAACUUCUCCAUCAGCUGCUGCAGGUCGUACUUCAUCAGCUUCACCGGAGACACCUGUCAGAUCGGUCUGAACUUCGCUUGUGAAGAAGAGGCCAAAAGAUUCAGAGCCGCCAUCAACGACCUGCUGAACCGGCGGCAACGCAAGACGGAGAGGAGAGGAGACCCUCCCAACGGUCCGGCUCUGCACAUGGCCACGGUGGACAUCAAGAACCCGGAGAUCAGCAGCGCUCCUCGGUUCCAGGGCCAGCAGCAGCCUCCGUUCCUCCUCCACGACAUGAGGAGGAAGAGGAGGGACAAGAAGCCCAAAGGCAGGAAGAAGCUCACCAAGGCUGACAUCGGCACGCCCAGCAACUUCCAGCACAUCGGUCACGUUGGCUGGGAUCCAAACACAGGUUUUGAUCUCAACAACUUGGACCCUGAGCUGAAGAACCUGUUCGACAUGUGCGGCAUCUCAGAGGCUCAGCUGAAGGACAGAGAGACGUCCAAGGUCAUCUACGACUUCAUCGAGAAGAAGGGAGGAGUGGAGGCGGUGAAGAAGGAGCUGAGGAGGCAGGCGCCUCCUCCACCUCCUUCUCGUGGCGGCCCUCCUCCUCCUCCACACAACUCGUCUGCGCCUCCUCUCCCUCCUCCUCCCCCGUCCAGAGGAGGGCGCGGAGCCCCGCCUCCCCCUCCUACGUCCCGGGCCCCCGCCUCGGCUCCUCCCCCUCCGCCUCCCUCCAGACUGGGAACUCUGGGUGCCCCGCCUCCUCCUCCCCCCACCAGGGGGGGUCACCAGCCCACUCCCCCCCCCCACCACCACCAGCCUCCUCCCAUCCCACCUCCUCCGUCUUCCCUGCACUCCUCUCUCUCCCCACAAGCCCCGCCCCCUCCGCCUCCCCCGUUGGCCCAGCAGUCUCCGGUGUCCGGCUCCGCCCCCUCCGCUCCGCCGCCUCCUCCUCCAGGCCCGCCGCCCCCCCCUUCGGAGCCGGACGGCGGGGGCGGAGACUCUCCCCAUUCGCUGAGCCCCGGCGGGCCCCUGGCGCUGCUGGAGCAGAUCCGGGGCGGGGCCCGGCUGAAGAAGGUGGAGCAGAACGACCGAGCGCCGGCGUCCGGCGUGGGGCGGGACGCCCUGCUGGGCCAGAUCCGCCAGGGCAUCCGGCUCAAGAACGUGCCGGACCUUCCGGAGUCCGGGGCGCUGGGGUCGGGCCCCACGGCCGGCAUCGUGGGCGCCCUCAUGGAGGUGAUGCAGAAGAGGAGCAAAGCCAUCCACUCCUCAGACGAAGACGAGGACGACGACGAAGACGAGGACUUCGAAGACGAUGACGAGUGGGACGACUAGUGAAGACCCGCCCCCUCCCCCGCCUCCCGCGGGCACUAAAAUAUCCUCUAUAAAGAUCUUCCAACAUCCGACUAACAUUGCAAUGUAAAUGUUGUAAGAAUUGGCUGUAUAUUUAUUUUUGCCUUUUUUGCUUAAUCUUCUUUCUUUUUUUUACGAUUUAUUGUAAUUAAUCCGUGCAAUACCUCAUGUGUUCAUCUGUUAGGCUCCUCCCCCUUCAUGCCGUCAUGAGAAAACACGUAACGCUUUAUUAACAUGAAACACCCGGAGUCUGACGUUUAUGGUUUGGUGUUUAUUUGUUGUUGUUUUCAUCCGACUGAAGGGCCGCCCCUCUUUGUGUUUGAGUUUAAACAGAAAUUAAAGUUUGUCGUGUUAUUUUACAUUUUUUUCAUGAUCUUGUUUUUUUACAUGAAUGCGGCGGGUCGGAUUUGUUUUAUUUUUAAAACAGUUUCUACGAUAGUUCCGUUUGUGUUUGUCGAAGUCUUUUAUUUUUUGUUUUAAUAUUUUUUCCGUUUCAAGCCGGUUACCGUGACGACGGACACUUUAAAAAAAUGUUUUACAAUACCUAGAUCUUUAAAAGAAGAGAAAAACAUGGCUGAAGAUGCUUCACCCUCUUUGGCUUCAUAUUGAAGCACGUUAACACACACACAUAUACACACACACACACAGACACAUACACACACACACUGACACAUACAUACGUACACACACACAUACACUGACAUACAUACACACACACACACUGACACAAAGACACACACACACACACUGGCAUUUAAUGAUACGUUUUGUCGUCUUGUUGUUUUUGUUGUGACAUCAUUUCGUUAUUUUCCGGUCGGUUUAAAAAACAACAACAUUGCAUCCCCACAAGAACAUAAAUAUAUAAACAUAAAUUCAUCCUCUUCCAGUUGAGCGUCGUCGUGGAGAUCCACCCGUUGUUUAAAAGAGCAACCUGUGAAGGGGGGGGGGUACUAAAUUGUAUACUGAAAUAAAUGUUAAUAUUUACA